AUGGAAGAUGAUCGACUAACCUCUUCUCCACACUCUCCAUAUGUUGGAGAUACCACUCCGACCAGCGCCGCAUUCAUGAGCCCCAAUAGCAUCACGCCGUCGUCUACUAUCCUAGCUCAUUCUCUUAUACAGCUGAUUCAAUGCUCGCAUUGCUCGCGACCACUGCGCGCUCCGCUGCGACUCCCAUGUGGCGAUACGUUCUGUCGAGCUUGCCUUCCCCCGCUUCGGGAGCGGCGGGGAAUCACGUAUCCACCGAACGAGGAUCGAAAGCAAGGGUUCAAGUGCCACUGGAAAGGGGCUGAUAAUUGCCUUGGGGACCAUUGUCUAGGAGACUGUGGGGUUGAUGUACUAUUGAGCAGACUCGUGGAUGUGUUCGAUGAAGUUCUCGGGUCGGGAACGCAUCCAAGCGCUGAAGAAGAGUGUGGCUCCCGGGUGAUUUGGAAGAGCUCGGGAGAGCAGCAGGAAACGGUAACAAAAAGCGCGGAUCUUGGCUUGGAUGUACUUGGGGGUAUCUACCAAUUGGUGAGACAGGGACGCUUCGACUACGAUGUCUCGGAAGUUGGAUAUGAGGGAGGGCUAGAGGGACGCUCUGGGCAAGUCGACCAGACAUGCGCAUCCUUUGGACAAUUGAGAGAUUCCCUUCGAAAUGAGCUGGACUGCCAGGUCUGCUACUCGCUAGUCACUGAUCCAGUUACCACGCCCUGUGGCCAUACGUUCUGUCGUGGGUGUGUUGCAACUGUCCUGGAUCACAGUGAUCUCUGUCCUAUUUGCCGGCGCAAGCUGAACAUGUCUUUAACUGUACACCUAGAGCCAACCAACAGAAGAAUUGUUGGCCUUGCAGAGCUUCUUUUUCCAGAGCAGGUUGCUGCGCAGAAGCAGAGCCUGGGCCAGAAUCAGGCUGAGUUUGAUGCUGAAACCGUUCUUCCGUUGUUUGUCAACUCGCUGGCUUUCCCAACCAUGCCGACUUUUCUGCAUAUCUUUGAACCCCGCUAUCGUCUUAUGAUGCGACGCGUCAUGGAAAGCCCGGACCGCAAGUUUGGAAUGCUCAUGUACAACCGCUCUGGUGUACGACAGGGCUCACUAGGAGACGCUCAAUUUCUGCAGUACGGCACCGUUCUCAGGAUCGAGCGCUUUGAGCUCCUACCUGACGGAAGAAGUUUAGUAUUCGCCAAUGGGGUAUCACGUUUCAAAGUCGCCAAGUUUGAUAUCGUAGACGGCUAUCAUGUCGGCCAGAUACAGCGGGUUGAUGAUGUCCCCCUUGCAGAGGAGGAGAGGUUAGAGUCGCUAGAGACGUUGACCGUCUCUGAUACUUCGACCGAAUCUACACUGGCUAAUCAGCCGCUUGAGUCAAUGUCUACUCAAGAAUUGUUCCAGUUGGGAUUGGACUUUGUACGAAAGCGACGCAGUGAAGGAGCCAGAUGGCUUCAGCCCCGUGUCCUAACGGCCUACGGAGAUAUCCCAACCGAUCCAGCCAACUUUUCCUGGUGGCUUGCUAGCGUUUUUCCUGUCUCGGAAGAAGAGAAGUAUGCGCUCAUUCUGGCGACAAGUGUUAGGGAACGACUGAAGAUUACUGCACAGUGGGUCAGAAAGGCAGAGAAUCGAGAAUGGUCGACUUCGCAAUCAUUCGCCUCUGUCUUAUGA